AUGUCUCUUCUACAUAGUUCGAUAGAAAUUCUAAAAGCAGCACUCAAAAUUAUCCUCAAAAAUGGAAAAAUUAUGUCUUGUAUUGCCCUAUUCAUCAUCCUCACCCAAUCUACUCUAUUUCUUUCAAAUAUCUUCUCUAUUAAACCUUUGAUCGUCGAUAUAGUAAUAGAAAGAAACCUCCUUCAAAAUGCCACCGCAAACACCCCGGAAUUCGACAAAAUCAUCGCCCAAAUAAAAAAAGACUUCGAAAUCUUUUUCGGUUUGGAAUUCGUCAUUAUUAUUUUUACUUUAAUCUCUUCCUUACUUUCAUCGAUAGCAACAAUCCUCGUCUCCGCUAUUACCUAUGCCGGAAAGCAAGAAAUAACCCUAAAAGAUUUGCUUUCAAGAAUUGUAAGGAUAUGGAAAAGGCCAACUAUUACUUGGUUAUACACUUCUCUUCUUAGUCUGAUCUUUCUCUUCGUUUACGUCGGAAUUCUCAUCGGAAUUAUGCAAAUUAUCAGGACACAAAUGACCAAAAGCCCGGUUGUUGUCUUAAUCCUUGCCAUGCUAACUCUUUUCAUUUCUAUUUUUGGUUUAAUUUACCUGUUUCGCUUAUCUGUAACUUGGACUUUAGCCAUUGUUAUUUCUGUUGUGGAAGAUAUUAAAGGAAUCAAGGCAAUAAAAAAAGCCGAACAGAUUUCGAAGGGAAUGAAGCGACAAGGAGCGUUAUUGAUUAGUUUGAUGAGCAUAUUAAAUUUGGGAUUUUCCCUAGGGAUGAACAUGAUACUUGGGAAUUCGGUUGCGGUUCAGAUCAUUAAAAGCUUUGUGCAAAUAAAUUUUGCUGCUCUGAUAAGCAUGUAUAGUAAUGCAGCUUUUACUGUGUUUUACUUCAGAUGCAAGCAAUCAUUUGGAGAAAAAGUUGAAAUAUUUGACGGAAGAUUUGAUGGAUAUAGCCAGAUACCCACCGAUCUUACUGCUCCGAUAGUUGAUGAUAAUAUUCCAUGA